CCGAAACCGGAAUGGAGGCUCAAUGACAAAUGAAUUAAUAAAACGGCAAAAUGAAGAAGCGUUCAAAGUUUAUCUAAACAUUCCCGCAAACAAGCGCGAAGCAAAGCGAAACCGAAACAAGAAAAACCAACAAAAAAGUAUUAAAUAACGAGACUCGAAUGCAAUGGUUGGAAAAAACGCAAGUCGUUGGUAGAUCGUUUUGAGAACAAUUCGUGAUAGAAGCUAAAGCUUAAAAUGCCAAUAAUCACGGCCACGACAACGUCGACAGCCGGCGGAGUAGCAGGUGUGGCAGCCAGGGGCGUGGCAAUCGCCAAAUCGCCCACCGAUUACCUAAUGUACCAGCAGCAACAGUCACAGCAGCAGCAGCAACAUCAACAGCAACAGCAGCAGCAGCAACAUCAACAGCUCUUCGGCAAUCACUUCUAUCAACAGCAACAGCAGCCGCAGCAGUUGGCGCCUCUGAAUGCUUCCCACCAACAGCACCACCACUCGCAUCCACAUCCACAUCCUGUUGCCGCUGCUCCGACCAGUUUUGCAACAUUUAACGGAAACUCGAAUCUAAAUUCUAGCCUUGCCAACGGAAGCAGCAGAAAAUUCAAUUGCAGCCGCGACAACGUGGACGAUAAUGCCGCCGAUGCCGGCGAACUAGCGGCAGUUUCCCAGACAUUGUCAGCUGGCUUAAACUCAGGUUCCGAUGUGGUUGGCAAUGGCCUGGGGAUCGGGAAUGGGAACGGGGACAAGUCUCUGGGUCUAGCGCCACCAGCUGGCCAUCAUCAUCACCAUCUACGCCCGCCACCGCCGCCGGCACUCAAGAAAUCCGUCGUACCGACUUCAGCCAUCGGGGCGAGUUCCGCCUCGCGCGAGGAUGUCGCCUCGCUGAGUGGCACCUCCUCGCUGAACAGCCAGAUGUCGGUGCAUAAUCAGUUCAUCUCCGGAUUGCCGAGCAAUGGCAUUGGCAGCGGUAGCGGGAGCAAUGGAGUCAACGGAGGAGGCCCGGGAACCGGACGAAAUGGUCCUCCGAGCAGCAUUCUGAAGGGCAGCAAGGAGAACCUGCUGCAGAACACCUACUACAAUGGCGAAACGGGGGACAGCAGUCUGGGCAGCGAGUGCGGAGCUGGAGAUGCCCAGCACCAGAACCACGAGAACAACGAUGAUCCGGGCGACGGAUUGGGACCCCUGCCACCCAAAUGGGAGACUGCCUACACGGAACGCGGAGAACUGUACUUCAUUGAUCACAACACCGGAACCUCCCACUGGCUGGAUCCGCGACUCUCCAAGUAUCAAAAGAAAUCCCUAGAGGAUUGCUGCGAGGACGAGCUGCCCUACGGCUGGGAGAAGAUAGAGGACUCCAUGUACGGGAUGUACUUUAUCGACCAUGUGAACCGGCGGACGCAGUACGAGAACCCAGUGCUGGAGGCCAAGCGACGGGCGGCGGAGCAGAGUCAACAACAGCAGUUGCAACAGCAGCAGCAAUUGCAACAGCAGCAGCAGCUUCAGGAACAGCGCUCCAAAACGCCCACUGUGCUGCCAGAGACACUGGCCACGCAGGCGGCGGAGGAGCAAAGUCAGGAGGAUCCGGAGCAGGAAGAGGCCCCCAUGAAGCUGCCCUACAAGUUCACCCGCAAUCCCGCCGAGCUGCAGGGCCAGCGGGUCAACACCACGCUGCUAAAGUCAUCGCGUGGACUGGGCUUCACCAUCGUGGGCAGCGACGGCAGCGCUGCUGGCGGGGAUGUGGAGGAGUUCCUGCAGAUCAAGACGGUGGUGCCGAACGGUCCCGCCUGGCUGGAUGGUCAGCUGCAGACGGGCGAUGUCCUGGUCUACGUGAACGACACCUGUGUGCUGGGCUACACGCACCACGACAUGGUCAACAUAUUCCAGUCGAUUCUGCCAGGAGAAAGGGCCUCCUUGGAGGUGUGUCGCGGCUACCCGCUGCCCUUCGAUCCGAAUGAUCCCAACAACGAGGUGGUGACCACCAUGGCGGUGGACGGACGGGAUGCGGACAAGCAGCGACGCUUGAACAUGGACGGCAACUACAAUUUCCUGGACUUGUCCGGCGAGGGAGCCAAGAAGGCGAGUUGUGGCUUCAUCCUGAUGAAGAAGCCCGAGCUCUACACCUUCUCGAUCAUGAAGGGCUCCAUGGGCUUUGGCUUCACCAUCGCCGAUUCCGCCUGCGGUCAGAUUGUGAAGAAGAUCCUCGAUCGCAAUUGCUGCACUCAGCUGAUGGAGGGCGACGUCCUCUUGGAAAUCAAUGGACUGAAUGUGCGCAACAAGCCGCACUUCUAUGUGGUGGAGCUGCUCAAGGAGUGCAGCCAGACGACGCCGACGGCGGUGAAGAUUCAGCGAACGCCGCCUGAACAGUCGGCCAACAACCAGGUGGGCAGUGUGGCCAAGUUGCGGAAAAACUUUGUCGGCAGCGGUCUCUUCCGCAGCAAGACGCCCACGGCGGAUCUGUACAGCACCCAGGUGAAGGAGGUGCUGCCCAUGCGUCCGAAAACCCCACUGGUGGAUACAAGGAGAGCCAGAGUUCAAACGCCCAGUAACGAAUUAGAGGAGUCCACGGCGGCGGAGAGGGAGAACAGGACGCCCGGCAAGUCGAACAGCAGUCUGCAGGAGCUGGACGACAUCCCGUACAUGGAUCCCUAUCCCAAGAUCAGCAGGCUGAGCGAGCGUCUGGCGGAGGUGUCGCUGCAGGGAGACCCAAAUGGCAUCUAUGGUUUACCCCCCAGCAUGCAGCCUCUCCCGCUGCCACUGGCUCACCACGAGUCCUGCUACUGCUAUGACUGCCAGGCGCAGCAGCGCUACCGUCCCGGUGGCUACUUUGUCCAGGCCCAGCAGGCGUCCGCCGGUCAGUACUCGCCGCUCCAGACGGCGCAUCUCCAGAACGAGCGGAUCCAGCGACGCGUCAACGAGCUGCUCAGUGAUAGAAGACGCGUGGGCUUCGCCAACCUGGAUCCUCCCCAGCAAUUGCAGCACUCGCCCAGCUGGCGCAAUGGAGCUCUGCUGGACGCCUCCGAGGAUGCGGACCAGUGCGAACUCACCGAGGUUACGCUGGAGCGUCAGGCUCUGGGCUUUGGCUUUCGCAUCGUUGGUGGGACUGAGGAGGGUUCCCAGGUUACCGUGGGCCACAUUGUGCCUGGCGGUGCCGCCGAUCAGGACCAGCGCAUUUCCACCGGCGAUGAGAUUCUCAGCAUCGAUGGCAUUAAUGUGCUCAACUCUUCGCACCACAAAGUGGUCUCUUUGGUGGGGGAAUCAGCGCUGCGCGGCCAGGUCACCAUGAUUCUACGCCGGCGGAGGAAUCCGCUGCUGCAGCAGGCUCCAGUUAGUCAGUCACAACUGCGUCGCUAUCCCUACGAUGUGAUUGUCAGCCGGCAUGAAAACGAGGGCUUUGGAUUUGUCAUUAUAUCUUCAUCGAACCACUAUUACGGCUCGACAAUAGGCAAACUAAUACCCGGCAGUCCGGCGGAUCGCUGUGGCGAGCUCAAGGUGGGCGAUCGCAUAGUGGCGGUGAACCGCAUCGAAAUAGCCGGCAUGUCGCACGGCGAUGUGGUGAAUCUCAUCAAGGAGUCGGGUCUGCAUGUGCGGCUCACCAUCGGCGUUCCGCUAAAGGAGGGCGGUCCCAGUCCCGGAGGAAGUAGUGCCGGGGUGGCGAGCAAUACUCCAACUCUACAGGCAUCUCCCAGUCUACUGAAGGCGCAGUUAGCCCACCAGCAGCAGCAGCAACUUCCGCCGCAGCAGUCGCAGCAGCAGCAGCAGCUAAGCCAUCACCAUCUGGAGAUGCCCAUGUCAAUGCCCAUGCCUGGAAACGGAACCUAUUUGGAGCGACCCAGUAACAAUAUCGCAGCCACAUUGGCGCUGCACCAGCAGCCACAAUUAUGACUCUGAGACCUACGCAUUCGGCUCUACAAGAGCUUUCUUUAAUGCUGGACGAUCGAUUGCAGGCCCAUAGUUUGUACUCUAAAAAACAGAGAGUACCAACCCCAAAGACUGAAUUUAGUAGCGUAUAUAAGUCAAACCCAAUGCGAGUUGCGUAUUUAUACCAGUUUCUUAGGAUCCCAUUUAA